ACUACAUUCAGAUUUCAGAGGUAUUCCGUUGCAGUUGCAGAUGGCAAUAAUAAUGCCCCCACAAUAUUUUCAUACAUAUAUUAUUAUAUUUGGUGUGGUGCAUUCAAUUUGGUAAAGCAUUAAAGGGAGACAAAGACCGGGCUAUUACUUUGCCUAUUUCUUUCUUUUGCUACCACUGAUUCAACACUGUUCUUGUUUGGUUCCUCUUUUUUUUUUUUUUUUUUUCCUCAAGCUUUUCCAUAUUCUUUACUUUCUCCUACUUAUCUCCGCGACCAAUAGGAAAGAUUGAACCCAAUGUUUUAGAGCCUAGCUAGUUUUGGCAGAAAGAAGUCCCUUACUUUUAAUCUUUGGUGAUAUUGGGAAAAAAUGAAUCAAGAAAUGAAUGGGGUUGAAGCUGAGAGGGUGAAAGAGAAUGUGCAUGACAAAAUAGAUUAUGUGUUUAAGGUAGUGGUUAUUGGGGACUCAGCAGUGGGUAAGACUCAAAUACUAUCAAGGUUUGCAAAGAAUCAAUUCUGCUUGGACUCAAAGUCCACCAUUGGAGUUGAGUUCCAGACAAGAACUGUCACAAUUAAUGGCAAAGUCAUCAAAGCUCAGAUCUGGGAUACUGCUGGCCAAGAAAGGUACAGAGCAGUGACAAGUGCAUACUACAGAGGUGCAUUAGGGGCCAUGCUGGUGUACGACAUAACGAAAAGACAGUCGUUUGAUCAUGUGGCUAGAUGGGUUGAGGAACUUCGUGCACACGCAGACAGCUCCAUAGUGAUCAUGCUCAUUGGGAACAAAGGUGACCUUGUGGACCAGAGAGUGGUGCAUGCAGAGGAUGCUGUGGAGUUUGCAGAGGAUCAGGGCCUCUUCUUCUCUGAGACUUCAGCUCUCAGUGGUGAGAAUGUGGACAGUGCCUUUUUCAAGUUGCUGGAAGAGAUUUAUAGGGUAAUCUCCAAAAGGUCAUUGGAAUGCGGGCAUGGUAAGGCCAAUGGUGACCACAGUGUUGCCACUCUUAAAGGGUCAAAAAUAGAUGUGAUCUCAGGUGCUGAAUUGGAAAUUAGUGAGAUGAAGAAGUUGUCGUCAUGUUCUUGUUGAUCAAGUUAUUAAGAUCUAAGUAAAAGGAGAGAGAGAGGAGUGAAGAGUACAUGCAGUGAUUCUUCUUUUAUAGUAUACAAAAUAUGCUUAACUAUCCUGUCCAUAGGUAUAAUGCGUUUGGUGAGGAUCAUUGAUUUCAUCUGGCCCUUGAAUGCUCAGAAUUCAGGAGCACUUUUCCUGUUUCAGUUUUAAUAUGACCUACUACAGUAACAACAAUGAAUUUGAUGUAUUGUUUUUA